AUUAUAGUUUUUCAUCGCUAUUUAUCUCUCACCACAGAAUUACUUAAGAAAUGGUGUCUGCACUUAACGUCAUCGACGUGUCACGAGUCACCCCUUCUGACUCACCCGAGCCAUUCACUCUCUCGCUCACUUUCUUCGAUCUUCUCUGGUACAAACUCCACCCUGUCCAACGAGUCAUCUUCUACCGACUCGCUGACGCAACUCGACCUUUCUUCGACUCAGUCAUCGUGCCCAAUCUCAAGUCCUCUCUUUCCUCAUCCCUCUCUCACUACCUCCCACUCGCCGGAAAACUCGUCUGGGACUCACUCGACAAAAAGCCUAGCCUUAAAUAUUCCCAAAACGACGCCGUUUCAUUCACUGUGGCUGAGUCGAACGCAGAAUUCUCACUCUUAACCGGUAACAAACCGUUCCCCACCACCGAGUUGUACCCACUGGUGCCCGAGUUACAAGUCUCCGACGAGUCAGCCUCAGCCGUAUCGUUUCAAGUCACGCUUUUUCCAAACCAAGGGUUUUGCAUCGGCGUAACCGCACACCAUGCCGUCUUAGAUGGGAAAACGACAACCAUGUUUCUCAAAUUCUGGGCCAACACAUGCAAACGCCAACAAGACCAAACGGUGAACGCUUCCGUAUCGCAGGAUUUAAUCCCGAUUUACGAUCGUACGGUCAUAAAAGCUCCGGGCGAUAUCGAAACGAAGAUUAUGAAUCAGUUGAGUUCCUUCUUCAAAAUGGUCUCCGGCGGCAAAGAACCAGAGAACCCGCGGAGCUUAAAGAUUCUUCCGUCGCAGGAGCUUAGUCCCGACGUCGUCCGAUUCACUCUCGAUCUCACUCGUGAGGAUAUCCAAACGCUUCGAGAGCGACUCAAGAGAGAAUCUUCUGCUUCCUCGUCACCUAAAGAGCUUCGAUUGUCGACGUUUGUGGUUACGUUCUCGUACGCGUUUACUUGUUUGGUCAGAGCUCGUGGCGGAGAUCCGAACAGACCAGUCGGGUACGGGUUCGCGGUGGAUUGUCGGAGCCUUCUUGACCCGCCGGUUCCGUCGAAUUACUUCGGGAACUGCGUGUCGGCGUCGCUUGGAAUGCCGUUAACGGCGGAGACGUUUAUGGGUGAAGAAGGGUUCUUGAGUGCUGCGAGGAUGGUUAGUGAUUCGGUUGAUGGAUUGGAUGAAACGGUGGCGUUGAAGCUUCCGGAGAUUAUGGGAGCGUUUAUGAGUAGUCUUCCACCAGGAGCGCAGCUUUUAUCUGUUGCCGGGUCGACCCGGUUUGGAGUGUACGAGUUGGAUUUCGGGUGGGGCAAACCGCAGAGAGUUGUGAUUGUGUCGAUCGAUCAAGGUGAAGCGAUAUCUAUGGCGGAGGGUAGAGAUGGGAAUGGUGGUGUGGAGAUUGGCUUCUCGCUCAAGAAACAUGAAAUGGAGUCUUUGAUUGAUUUGCUUCAUCAGGGUUUAAAAAGUUAAAUCACUUUUCCUUUUCUUUUUCUUUUGCCAAGGAGUUGAGUAAUAAAAUAAUCUGAAACUGAGUUUGUGUUUCAGUAAUAACAGUUGUGAUUAGAUUAAUCUAUUCAUCUCUCCUUUCUUCAAAGAA